GCUAUCUCUCACUAUGUGAAGGACGCGACAGUAGGAAAAUGGCUUUCGCAGCGACGCUCUUCGUUCCACCUCCAGUAGCCGUCCGAUCUCCGGCUAGAUUCCUUGGCCGUCUCUCAAUUCCUUGCCUGCUCCAAGUUCUUCCGACUAAUGGUGCAGCGAGUCCCCGGCAAGUGAAGAGGGCAAUUGUAGCAAAUGCUUCGCCGGGAAACGGUGGCGUUAAGGCCGAGGAAGAAGACGGAGUUUCUCUGGGUACUAUGAAGCUUCCCGUAGAUACCGAUCUCGCUAGAUUCGAAACUCUUCUAUUUCAGUGGGCGAAUAGUCUUUGCCAAGGAGCCAAUCUACCUCUACCUGUUCCUCUCAAGGUGGACAGAAUAAGCGGAGGAGCGAGGUUAGGAUUCAUAGUGAUGGAAGAUGAAGGCAAGACCGAUGUUCCGGUUUACAUUGACUGUUUGGUUUUCCAAACAACAGAGAAUGGUGUAGUGUUCCAAGCGACGCGUAAUGGGCGGAAGAAAGAUAAAGCACCUCCGGGAGAAGAAAGAAUCAUGAGAAGUCUCUUAGGAGCCCUCAAAAAAGCUGUGGAGAUUGCUCGAGUCACAUAAACAUUUGCCUCUUUCAGUUGAAACCGAAUUUCGAAUAUCUCUUUUGCUCUACGUCUUUCUAGUUUCUUACUGCUACUACUACUUAUCUGAGACAUGAUCACUGGUAAAUAAUAAAGUUUUAAAGUUUGGGGUCACAUGAGG